GAGAAGGCUGCCACUCAUACUGCUCACUUGGCUGCCUGCCUGGCUUUCCUUCCUCCCGACGCGUCCAUCGAUCCCGUCCGCGGCGCCGCUCACGCCACACCAACCCACUCCCACUGACGCCUCGGCCCACUCUCCGCGCAGCCCCACUUGUCAUCUCUCCCCUUUCUUCGUCCUCGCGGCGCGUGCCGAGGUGGAGCGUAGCUAGCCGAGCUCAAGCUGCCGUUGCGUGCCACCUACUACAACAUCCUCCGCUUUCUUGCUCCCGGACCCAGGCACGCGCGGGUCGCCGAAACCAAGAAGCAGAGCAGUGGCCGACUGGCGAGUGGCGAGUGGAGGAUGGGCGGCGGCAGCCUGGCCAUCGUGGAGAAGAAGCCGCCGCCGCCGCUCAACGCCGGGGGGUGCGCGGGCGGGGUGCUCUUCCACCUGCUCGACUGGCACCGCCGCCUCGCCCGCAAGCGCCGCCUCUUCUCCCCGCGCCGCCUCCUCCCCUCCGCCGCCCGCUCCUCCACCCGCCGGCUCCUCCCGGCCCCGCCGCCUUCCCCCGCCCCGCCACCCCCGCCUCCUCGCCCCGCGCUGGGAAUGGCCGCCGGUCCCGGCGUCGUCGCAAGGCUCAUGGGCCUCGAGUCCUGGCCCGCCGACGCCGCCCUCACCACCGCCGCGCCGCCCAGGCCGCAGAAGCAGCGCAAGGUGGACGCGGCGCCGCCACCGCCGGCGGCGGUGCAAGAAGACGCCGUGUCGUCGGUGGUGGUGAUGCUGCCGCCGAGCCGGCGCCCAACCGCGCCGGCCCACUCCCACGCGCGGAGCCACCACAGCGCCGACCUGCCGGCGCGGAGCCCCCGCCUCGUGCACGCCAGGCUGCUGGACCGCGCGGGACCCUCCAGGGGCAGGCACGCGCUCGCGUACGCCUGCUCCUCGCCGCAGCACCGCGGCCACGCCGGCGGCACGCUCCAGGACUUCCUCUCCCGGUCCGACAGCCUGGCCGCUCCCCCGGCGGACGCGGAACGGGUCGGUUCUUCCCGGUGGCAGCGGAUGCAGCACUCCGUUGACACCGCCAUGGGCGGCGAUGCUGGUGCUGGCUUGGUGAUGGGUGGUACUGAUACGAUUGUGGUGCCAAGAACUGAUUUUGGUGAUGCAGACACUUCUGGUGUGGAUGCAGUGCGCAAGGAUUGUAGAUCAGGAACUGCAGGAAUGAGCAGCUGUGCCCGGGUCAGACCGAGCAGUGCCGGCGCCGGCGCAAGGGCUGGAGAACAGAGGCUGUUGCGCAAGCGGGGAACCUUCUCUAGGCCGGAUGUUCCGAGGAGUGCUGGAUCCAGGAACUUGGCUAGUUCAACGCGUUCGAUUGGCAAUGCUCCUGACCUCGCACCUGGUGGUGGUAGCUGUAGGAGGGCAGCACGCAAUUCCGGUCCAAGCAGGGAGCCGGUGAGUUCGAUCACUCCCCAAAGAAGCACUCGCAGACACGGGAUCGAUCGUAGCGGGCUGGCGUCCACGAGCAGGAAUGCAAGCACGGCGUCUGGGCCGAGAAGAGGAUCACGCAAGAAAAUCGACCAUGGUACGAGAUUCAGUAGUAACAGGGAUGACCGUAAUGCAGCUACAUUUGCCUCUAGCUCAUCCCUGAGACCGGCGUCCAGGGCUUCGUCAUUCGGCCAAGUUUCAGAGAAGAGAGGGUUCCGAAGCACGCAAUCUGGUAACGCUUGUUCAAGAAUGCCAGUAGUGGAUCCCAAAUGUUUGGAAGCUGAACAUCGUGUUGCAGGCGUUACAUCUGAGAAAGAGGAGUUUAGCAGGCUGCUGAAAGCGAAAAUCGAUGAGCUUGGCCUGUCUGAUAAGGUUGCACCAAGUGAUGCUCAUUCGGCAAACUUGACCGUGUCGUUGCUCCAGGAGCUCAUCGCUGCCCUUACUGAUGAUGCAAACACCUCGGCCUCUCAAUGCAGUAACUAUUCCGAUUCAUCUGCUCCUCUAAAUAAUGCUGACACAAACGCUUCAGCCUCUCAAUGCAGUAACUAUUCAGAUUCAUCAGCUCCUCUGAAUAAUGCUGACACUGUAUGCAAUUCCAAUGAUCAAUCGCCUGGAUUUCACAAGUGUUAUCAGUUCCAGGGUGACCAAGAGACUGAUUUUACGGGCACGAAUGAUGAACCCAAUCAGCCAAGUCCAACAUCAGUCCUCGAAGCAUGCUUCUCAAAUGAUGCUUCCUCCUUAGGCAGUCCAGUUGAAAAGAAUGAAGAUAAAGAAUUUUUUGUUUCAAUGGAGAACAAGAUGGAAGACCUCUUCAAUUUGGACUCUGACAUGGUGGAUUUGGCCAUGUCCAUUCACACAACAAAGACUGAUGCUCAUGGCUGUGAAGAAAUACCACAUGUUCAGAGUUUUGCGGCGCACGACUUUAACUUCUUAGAAGGGAGGCUCCACAUCAUUGGAGAGGCUAUUGCAAACGCCGAACUGCUUCUGGACAGUAGCCUCUUCUGCGGCACACCAUCAACUCUGUCACUCAACUCUUUCAUCGUCGAAAUGCUGGAAACUGUCGAGGGUUGCUUCUGCGACGGAUCGGAGAGCCUAGGUUUCGAGGAAGAGAACAAGUACCAGCGCACCAACUUCCUGUUCGACUGCAUCGUCGAGUCGCUGGAUUCAAGGUUCCGCAACUUCGGCAAAUGUGGGUACAAGGCGUGGCUGAGGCUCCCUCUCACUCUGAACAAGGACCUGCUGAAGAGGGACGUAUCCGAGGAGAUCAGCAGCUGGAUGGACACCGGCGAGGUUCCUCCGAACCGAGCCGCCGAGAAAGAGCUGGACCAAGUGGCUGCUGCCAGCCGGGACGCAUGCCAGGUGGAAGCGUUCAACAUCAGCGUGGCGAUCGAGAACGACAUACUCGAGGCCCUUGUCGGUGAGUUUGCAUCUGACCAAUGCUGAAGGGGAUCUUUCUGGUUGACGUGAUCACGUAUAAGUAACACUCUGCAGAUAUGUACCAUAUUUCUCCGCAAGGAAAAUUUGUACAGUCAUGUAAGAUCGAAACGGCCUCAGGUUAUUUUCACUUUUUUUGUACUCUCUAACUGAAACGUGCUCCUACUAAAAGUGUAUGCACCGUCCUCACUCUCCCGGGCAUUUCUUCCCUUCCACUGAAUAAUGUUAAGAACUUGAAGUUUCUUUGUUCUAGAGUUGUAGACUGGAGUUCCUUUCUUACCAA